GGUAUAGCUUAGUGUUAUGGGUGAUACAAAAGAAGCUAAAAUGCAGAUAACACCAGAAACUCCAGGACGAGUCACAGUCCUGAAUCCUUUUGAAAGUCCCAGUGAUUAUUAUACUCUUCAGGAGCAGAUUGUCUCCAGUCCUUCAGUCUUUAAAUCAACAAAAUCCUCAUCUACACCAGGAAAAUUUAGAUGGUCUAUUGAUCAGCUUGCUCUAAUAAAUCCUGUGGAAAUUGACUCCGAAGAUGUUCGACGCCAAGCAAUGUAUUUGAGUCAUGCUAGAAUUGAUAAGGAGACAGAAGACAGAAGGCAAAAAGCCAUUGAGGAGUUUUUCACAAAAAGACUCAUAGUUCCUUUUCUCCUUGGUGAACAUGAAGGCAAGCAAGUUUCUCAGUUUAGUUCAACUAAAUCCAUAGAUCUAAAUAACAUUUCUCCAAUUGGAAGACAGCUAACUUUGCAGCCUGGGAAAAGCAAUGCUGCUUGUCAGACAGUACUGUCUCUGCCAGUGGAUUUUAAUUUAGAGAAAAUACUAGGUGAAUAUUUUAGAACUGAUGAAUUUGCAGAUCAAUCUCAGGAAAAUCUGAGCUCUUCAUCGCUCAGAAGAAAGCUGUUUUUAGAAGAAAAUGGAAGCGUAUCGGAAUGUUUGUCCCCUUCUCUGCAUAGUGCAUGCGGUGGUCAGCCACUCGGAGUGCUUUGUUCAAUUGACAUAUCUCCAGUCCGAUGCAGAAGCCCUCUCGAAACAUCUAGCUCAGGUCAGUUUUCCUCAAGUCCUAUUCAAGGAGGAACAAGGGCUUACAGUCUUGGAAGUAUAACCAGUCCCACAUUUCCAGAGGGGUCUCCUGCACAGAAUGGUUCUCCUACUUUUUCACCAAUUGCUUUUCACAUAAGAAAGACGCCACUGUCAGACCAAAGAAAAUUUACAUUUCGUUCUCCAGAUAUUCCUUCUUCCUCAAAUAGAAUGACACCCCCGAGUACAAGAAGUCCUUAUAUAGAUGGUUGUUCUCCAAUUAAAAGUUGUUCUCCUAUGAGGCUUGGAGCACAUAGAGGAACUACCCAGUAUCAGACUUCUGUCAUUAGAAUACCAAUUGCGGUUGAAAAUCAUGGUGAGGAUGAGGAAGACAAGGAAAAUGCUUCUCCAGCAGAAGCUCGGUUCCCAGAAAUGGAUAAUGGAAUAAACUUACGUCAGCAAGACGGUGAUACUUUUGCACAUGGUACACAUCUCGUGGUAGCAACUGUGUCUAUUGCACCAGAUCACUCGGAAGUUUGUCAUCAAAGGUUGUCGUCAUUUCAGGCUAUAGAAGGCUCAAAGGAAAAUAAUACUGUAGAUAUGGCUGAUGCAGCUGAAGUGUCAGAGGAGAACACUUGGAUAAAAGAAACAAUUGGCACUAGCAACACACCAAUGACCAGCUUUAUGACAGGGAUUACUUUCAGUAUUGAAAACUCGCGCAUGUGCAUGUCACCUCUUGCAGAAAGCAGUGCAAUUCCUUGUGACAACAGUAGUAUUCAGGUGGACAGUGGUUAUAAUACACAGACUUGUGGAAGCAGCAUUAUGGAUACUGCGGGGGCUGAAAACAGUUGCAGAGAAAAUGAUGUGAAUACUAACAUGUUUCAGAAUAAAUCUCAGCUCCUUAGAUCAAAGGAGUGUUCCGUUUUAAACCAUAAGGACAAUCAGUUGCUGAGAGCAAAAUCUCCAGAGAAGCAAUCCUGUUUCCAAAAAGCAAAAACACAUAGUACAGUAUUUGGUCAAAAUGCAACUUGCAACAUUUCUGCCUGGAAACAUAAAAAUGAAAAUCAAGUUCAGGGAUUUCACAAAAAUGCAAGGAUAUCCAGUCCCAGGACACUGGAUGGAAGUUCCGCUUCCUAUUCUAUUCCACAACCCACGGAAAAGCUUGUACCAAACUGAUAGACCGUGGCUGAUGAGUAGCUAUUGGCACACUGAGCCUGAAUUCAGGUCAGACCUAAAUUUGAAGGCAACCGACAACGUUUUUUAAAAAUCUCAGAAGGGGAGGCAUGAACGGAAUUGCAUAGCAUUAAACAGCAGCGCGUUAGCCCUGAGGCUUGUGCGCAGGCGUUGGAUGAAUAGAACAGUUCUCAAAAUACUUUCAUUAACUCACCAGUGAAGGCUUUCUGAAAAAUGUACUUAAUGAAACAGGUAAACUUCUGUACCAUCAAUAAAGCAUCAUUUGGUUUUAGUUCUCACAUUGCAAAAAUAGUAAUUAAAAAAAUUACUUUAGAUUUCUAGCAGGCAAACACGACGUGCAUUAUUUUUACUUCCAUAGCAAUCUAAUCAGUAUUUCUGUUACGCAUCUCUGAUUGACAGUAAUUGAACCUAACGUCCUGAAUUAUCUAUUUCAGGCUCUUGAAACAGUGCCCUGCUAAAAGCUGGAAAUACACUGAAUCGAUAACUUUUAAGGGAUGAAUUUUUUGAAGUAGAGAAUCAACUUAGCCUUCUGGAAAAUGGAUUUAUUGAAUAGGGCAUUCAGAACGUUCUUAGCUUUAGUUGGUAAGGUUUGUAGCUCAAAAGCAAGACGCAACUUGCUGAGGCUUAAAAGUUAUUUAUGACCUUGCGUCUUUUCUGUUUCUCAUGAUAAUUCUCUUUAAUCAACUGAAAGGGUGAAUUUCAGAUUUCCGGACUGUGCAAAGGAUUUAUUUUUGCAAGUGUGAUUACUAAAAAUAGUAGUAAUGUUAAUGUAAAGGGGAAGAUGAGAAGCAGAGUUAGUCCACAUUACGAUCUGUUUCUGAGCUGUUUGGCAUGGUAUGUGUAAUUAAGAUUUGGUUUUAAUUUCUGACUAAAAUUUUUAAUUCUUUAUAAUGAUAUGUUCAAUGACCAGAGGCUUUCAAAGUAUUCACAAAUAAAAAAGCAAUCACUAAAAUACUUAAUUGCACCCUGUAUAAGUGUUUUCUUAAAGGUAAGGGAAAAGUAACAGCAGAAAUGGGUGAAUGUGAGAAGUAAUUAAGGAUCCCCCCAAAUAAAUUGCCGGUGUUUUCUGUCCUGUUUUAUAGUCCUCAGAUGGGAAUUAUUUAUUUUAUGAAAACAUGCAUAUUUUUAUUAUGUUUGUAUAAUUGUUUUGUAGAAGGAACCUACUGUGCAAAUCAUUGUGGAAAUCAUUUGACCAUUCUGUUUCUCUAGUUGUACUUGGCGCAUUGGUUGGCACAUGUUGCACAAAACGGUCAUUGUUUACAUUAAAUUAAUUUCAGUGGUUUUAAGGAAAGUCCUUUAACAUGGAUAACUGUAAAUUGAGUAGUGAAACAGAAUAAAGACAUCUCUCUC